AUGACUUUCAUCUCACGAAUCGUCGCAAAGCCUGCAUUCAGGUCAUCCUUCCAGCCAGUCACUCGUAUCAGCAUCGCCUCGAGAUCAUACGCCAUGGGACACAGUGUACCGCAGGUGAGUCCCUGCAGACUCGGCCACUGUUCGAGUGCCAAUGCUAACAAGAUCCCUUGCNAGCUCAAUGAUCCAUCGCUGUUCAAGCAGCAGGCCUUUAUCAAUGGCAAGUGGGUCGACGCAAAGUCGGGCCAGACCUUUGACGUCCAUGGUAAGAUGCACCAAGGAGAGGCACGAAGGCUUCAUACUGAUCAGACUNCAGACCCGGCGACACACAAGACAAUUGGCAAGAUGCCCGAGAUGAACAAAGAAGACGCCCAACUCGCCAUUGACGCUGCCGCCGCCGCUUUCCCCAAGUUCCGCAAGACGACCGCCAGAGAAAGAGCAAAGAUGCUGCGCAAGUGGUACGACCUGAUGGUUGAAAACGCCGAGGACAUUGCAAGACUCAUCACGUGGGAGAACGGAAAGCCCAUGGCUGAUGCAAAGGGCGAGGCUGCAUAUGCUGCCAACUUCUUUGAGUGGUUCAGCGAGGAGGCCCCUAGAGCAUACGGCGACACCAUCUCUGCCACCGUCGCUGGCAACAGAGUCUUCACCCUCAAGGAACCUGUCGGUGUCUGCGGUCUCAUCACCCCGUGGAACUUCCCUGCCGCCAUGAUCACCAGAAAGAUUGGUCCUGCCCUGGCAGCUGGAUGCACCGUUGUUGCAAAGUCUCCUGGCGAAACUCCCUUCACCGCCGCCGCUCUGGCCGAACUCUCCGUCCGCGCCGGUAUCCCUCCUGGUGUCGUCAACAUCAUCACUGCCAUGAAGAACACCCCUGAAGUCGGAGAGGCUAUUACAUCGUCCGACAUUGUCAAGAAGGUUUCCUUCACCGGCAGCACUGGAGUCGGUAAGCUUCUCAUGAAGCAGUCCGCAGACACCCUCAAGAAGCUAUCCUUUGAGCUCGGCGGAAACGCUCCCUUCAUCGUCUUCGACGACGCCGAUCUCGACACUGCCGUCAAUGGCGCCAUUGCUUCCAAGUUCCGCUCUUCUGGUCAGACCUGUGUUUGUGCAAACCGCCUGUACAUCCAGAGAGGCAUCUACGACAAGUUCGCCGAAGCCUUCGUCGAGAAGGUCAAGAACUUCAAGGUCGGCCACGGUUAUGACGAGGGUGUGACUCACGGCCCCUUGAUCCACGAUCGCGCCGUCAGCAAGGUCGAGGCUCACGUCAAGGAUGCCGUCAAGCAGGGUGGCAAGGUUCUUGUUGGUGGGCAGAAGCUCCCCGACCUUGGUGACAACUUCUUCCAACCCACUGUCAUCCGUGACAUGACUUCUGAUAUGGCGCUCGCCCACGAAGAGACUUUCGGACCUGUUGCUGGUCUGUUCCCCUUCGACACCGAGGCCGAGGUCGUCAAGCUUGCCAAUGAUACAGAAGUCGGUCUUGCUGGCUACUUCUUCUCGCGUGAUAUCCACCGCAUCUACCGUGUAGCAGAGGCUCUCGAAGUCGGUAUGGUUGGUGUCAACACUGGUCUCAUCAGUGAUCCUGCUGCACCAUUCGGAGGUGUCAAGCAAUCAGGUUAG